GCGGUGAUGAUCCCAAUGACCCGGAAGAAGAAGAGGAAGAGUGCACCACGAGAACUGUCACAGACCGCUGGGUCUCUUGUGACGCUCAGCGCACAACGAGCUGUACUACCUACUCCACCUCACUUGUCAGCGAAUGCUCAGCCACUGGUAAAGCAACGACUACGACAGGCGGAAGCUGCCCAGCGUAAACCUACAUAUGACCCCAGGCUGCAGGACACGCAUGAGGAGCUCCCAGCUGGUGUAAGCCAAACAAAAGGAACAACCAUUUAUUCCGGAAGGACCGUGACUACUUGGGGAUGGAAUCGCAACCCAUUAGGCGCCACUAGAACAUCCAACGGAGGUAACGGCAAC